GGCUCGCGCUUGCUCCGCCGAGGCGGAGUCAGUCAGACCCGCUCGCUCCGCCGUCCGCCGUCAUGGAGCCGUCGGCUUCGGGCUUGGCGGCGCGCGGCGACCUGCGCUCAGCGCUGCCCUUCCUCCCCGUCGUCCUCCGCGGCGGCGCGCUUUUCUGGCCGCCCGCCGCUCAGGAGUCGCUCAGGGCGCUCGCGCUCGGCCCCGACGUCAGCCGCGUCGCCUCGGGGGACGUCCUCGCCGACGCGCUCACCGACCUCCGCCUCGCGCUCGCCAUGCCCGCGCUGUCCCCCCGCGCCGCCGACGGCCUCGCGCUCUUCUUCGACGACCUCCUCUCGCGGGCCCAGGCGCGGGGCUGGUUCGCCGAGGUCGUCCCCAACCUCGCCCGCCUCCUCCUCCGCCUCCCAGCGCUGCUCGAGGACCACUACGCCAAGGCCGACGACGGCGCCUCCGGGCUCCGGAUCCUGGCGUCGCAGGACGCGGGCAUUGUGCUCCUCAGCCAGGAGCUCGUCGCCGCGCUGCUCACCUGCGCGCUCUUCUGCCUCUUCCCCACGGACGGCAGGGCCGAGGCGAGCCUUCCCACCAUCAAUUUCGACGGCCUGUUUGCGGCGCUGAUUCACAAUGCAAGGCAAAGCCAGGAGCAGAAAGUGAGAUGCCUUGUUCACUAUUUCGAGAGGGUGACUGAUUCUACACCAACUGGUUUCGUUUCAUUUGAGCGCAAGGUUCUUCCCCGACGUGCUGUCUCGGUUGGUGUAUCCUAUCCUGAUGUCGAUGCGUGGAUGAAAUCCAGUGCACCCCUCUGCCAAUUCCGGGUAUUUUCCUCAGGUUUUAUUGAAGAUGAGGAACAAGAAGCCCUUGAAGUCGACUUUGCAAAUAGGUUUUUGGGCGGAGGUGCACUUUUCAGGGGCUGUGUUCAGGAAGAGAUCCGCUUCAUGAUAAACCCAGAACUGAUUGUGGGUAUGCUCUUCAUGGCUUCAAUGGAAGAUAAUGAGGCCAUAGAAAUUGUUGGUGCAGAAAGGUUCUCGCAGUAUAUGGGGUAUGGCUCCUCAUUUCGCUUUGUCAGUGACUAUUUAGAUAGCAAGCCCAUUGAUUCCAUGGGUAGACGAAGAACUAGGAUAGUAGCAAUUGAUGCUUUGGACUGUCCAACUAGGUUACACUAUGAAUCUAGUGGUCUCCUAAGGGAAGUAAACAAGGCUCUUUGUGGAUUUCUUGAUCAAUCAAAACUUCAGCUUUAUGUGAAGCUUUUCCAGGAUUCUAAUAACAAGGAUAACUGUCCAAGUAUCAGCUCCGAUGAAUAUAUAGGGGUUUCAACUGGAAACUGGGGUUGCGGUGCUUUUGGUGGAAAUCCUGAAAUCAAGAGCAUGAUUCAGUGGAUUGCUGCUUCACAGGCACUCCGGCCUUUUGUUAAUUACUACACUUUUGGGGAUGCGUCUCUGGAAAGAUUAGGGGAGGUGAUCCAGUGGAUACUACGUCAUGGUUGGACAGUCGGCGAAUUGUGGCACAUGCUGAUCGAGUACUCAUCCCAGAGGUUAAGAGGAGAAACGUUGAAGGGCUUUUUCGCCUGGCUACUUCCCAACGGUGGCCCCAAAAAUGAAGUGGAUUACAUGUCUGAAUAGCCCCGGUUCUGAGGUCAGGAUCUGUCAGCUUCCUAAGAGUGCUGCGUGUUACUUGUGUAGAUUUGUGUGUGCGUAUAAACAGAUAAAAAAACUGGUUAACUGCAUCAUUGCCCAGUUUCCCGUUAGCACUCUGGACGCUUUGCUUAAAAUUGCCACGAAUGUAACCCGCAACGACUAACUGCAGAGAACGCUGUUCCAUGGCCGAGGCACAUGAUUCAGUAUACAGGAAAAAUGGUUUCUUUGUUUA